UUGGCUGCUGUGAGGGAGCUCAGGGCUGUGACUGGUGAGCAGUGAGACUUCUCCACCCCAGACAGACGGACGGAGUGCCUCUGUCCGGUGCCCCUCCUCCUUUUCAUGGAUGCCAGGCUGGUCCUGCUGCAGCUUUGGACUCUCCUCGGUCUCCUGUCCUUAGCACUGGAGUUGACUGCUGAACAGACUGCUGCCGAGGAGGUCUACACUAACACCUGGGCGGUCCACAUAGAGGGAGGACCACAAGAGGCUGACCGCAUCGCCAGGAAACAUGGUUUCAUAAACCACGGCAAUGUGUUUGGGAGUUAUUAUCACUUCCGGCAUCACACCGUGGUGAAGAGAUCCCUAUCAGGCCACAGGGGAACACAUGUACGACUACAGAAGGAACCACAGGUGCGGUGGGCGGAGCAGCAGGUGUCUAGGCGGAGGAAGAAGAGGGAUGUCUACACCGAACCAUCCGACCCCAAAUUCCCCCAGCAGUGGUACCUGUCCAACCCCAGCCAAGCAGACCUGAAUGCCAAGGGAGCGUGGUCCCAGGGUUACACUGGGAGAGGAGUUGUGGUCACCAUCCUGGAUGACGGCAUAGAGAAAGACCACCCAGACCUGGCUACCAACUAUGACCCUGAGGCCAGCUAUGAUGUCAACGAUGGAGACUCUGACCCCCAGCCACGCUACACACAGCGCAACGAGAACAGACAUGGAACACGGUGUGCUGGGGAGGUUGCUGCAGCCGCCAACAACAAUGUAUGUGGGGUGGGAGUGGCAUACAACACCAAAAUUGGAGGUGUGCGUAUGCUGGACGGGGAGGUGACAGACAUGGUGGAGGCCCACUCCCUCAGCCUGAACUCACAGCACAUCCACAUCUACAGCGCCAGCUGGGGCCCAGAGGAUGAUGGGAAGACGGUAGAUGGCCCCGCCAAGCUAGCCAAGGAGGCCUUCCUCCGAGGAGUCACUGAGGGCCGAGGCGGGCUGGGCUCCAUCUUUGUGUGGGCAUCGGGGAAUGGUGGUCGUGAGAAGGACAGCUGUAACUGUGAUGGUUACACCAACAGCAUCUACACCCUAUCCAUCAGCAGCACCACCCAGUACGGCAUGGUACCCUGGUACAGCGAGGCCUGCUCCUCCACCCUCGCCACCACCUUCAGCUCUGGAAACCCCAACGAGAAACAGAUAGUGACUACAGACCUGAGACAGAAGUGUACAGACUCCCACACGGGGACGUCAGCCUCAGCCCCCCUGGCUGCUGGGAUCAUCGCACUGGCUCUGGAAGCCAAUAUGAACCUGACAUGGAGGGACAUGCAGCACCUGGUGGUGAGAACCUCUCACCCCGCCCACCUCAGCACGGACGACUGGAGUACCAAUGGAGUGGGCCGCAGAGUGAGUCAUUCGUAUGGGUAUGGUCUGCUGGAUGCGGGGGCCAUGGUGGCCCUGGCUCAGAACUGGACAAGUGUGGGCCCACAGCACCAGUGUGUUCUCACCAUGCUCUCAGAGCCCAGGGACAUAAGCAGCCGGCUGCUGUUCAGUAAGACAUUGGACGCCUGCUGGGGCAAACCAGAGUAUGUCAGCUCUCUGGAGCACGUCCAGGCCCGCCUCACUCUCUCCUACAACCACAGAGGAAACCUGGCUAUACACCUCAUCAGCCCCCUAGGGACACGCUCUACCCUGCUGGCACCCAGGCCUAAAGACUACUCAUCAGAGGGAUUUAAUGACUGGGCCUUCAUGACCACCCACUCGUGGGAUGAGGACCCUCGAGGGGAGUGGACCCUGGAGAUAGAGAACGUCUCAGAACAAGGGCACGACUAUGGUGUGUUGAGUCAGUUUACUCUGAUCCUGUACGGUACGGGCUCCAGCUCCAUUAACCCCUUGUCUCCUGACUUCCCCCGGCCGUCCAACAACAGCUGCAAGACCUUCGACGCCCAGCAGAUCUGCAUAGAGUGUAGCCCAGGCUUCUCCCUGUUCCUGCAGGGUUGUGUGAAGCUCUGCCCCCCCGGCUUCACCUCAGGCCCCCAGCUCCUCAACCUGUCCCUGGACAACUGGGUGGACUUGUCCUCCGUCCAGGCCUGCCUGCCCUGCCAUCCUGCCUGCCUCACCUGCUCCGGCCCCAGGCCCAACGACUGCCUCUCCUGCCCCCCUCACAGUCACCUGGUCCUCACCGCCUGCCUACACCAGAACCAAGUCCAGCGCAAGUCCCCAACCGGCCAAGUCCUCCAGGGAGAGGGGAGUGGACCAGGGGAGAGCCCAGUGGGGUCAGAGCAGGGGGGAGAGGGAGAGCCUCCAGGGCCUAACCUGGGCCUGUCCUCCCCUCUGGUUACCCUGCUUGCAGUGCUCAGCUGUGCCUUCAUCUUGGCAGCCUUCGCCGGGGUUUUCCUCCUGCUGCAGCUGCGCUCUGGUUGCGCCCCCUGGGCCCGAAGGACCAAACUGCACUCUGUGGAAACAGGGGGAGGGGCCUCGGGGGGCAUCCGUGUGGGCUUUGGCUUCGGCCUGGGGCUGGGCUGGGAAAGGCAGGGCAGGGUGUCUUAUAAGGGGAUCCCCACUGUGUGGAGGGACGAGGACCAGGUAACACUGGGGGGCUCUGAAUCGGACAGCGAGGAGCUAGACUGCCACAGUGAGAGGACAGCCUUUAUCAGGACACAGAGCUCCCUCUAG